AAAAAAAACUCUAAAACAAUCUAAUACUAUGGCUUUCUCACUUCUCAGUGAAAAACUCCAUACAUUUUUCGUUUCACUCACACACGCCAAUUCAAAUCUGAACUUUCGUAUUUUCUCUCUCCUCUUCCUCGUUACUCGAAGUGCAGAAGCUCGUUCCAGGUGGAUUACUAGUCAUUUGUGGUGAUGAAUCAGUCAGAAAUUGGAGAGACAUCUUGUCAGGAUGCUGUUAGCAAAGAUGGCAGUGUGGAGAUUACAUGCUUCAGUGAUGAUCUUUAUGAGACCACUGUUCAUUUUCAGAUAAUAAACCUUCACAAACAGAUUUAUGUGUGGAUCGGUUGCAACUCUGCUAAGCUGGGACCUCUUUGUGCUGCUGGCCCGACCCGACCUAAUAAUACAGUCAGCGUGACUUCUAUACUUGGGAGCACAUCUGAUAAUGCUGGGUUUGGCUUUGCUCGUCGGUUAGUGCUUCGGACUGGAUUGAAUAUAAUAUUGGCUUGCAAUCUCCCAAAGGAUAACCCAAUGCUCGAGAUUGGUGCUGAGAAGAAGCUGGUAGAGAAGUUGAUCAGCCUGGGGUAUACAAAACCGAGAUCCAAAGAUUUGCCACAUUCAUAAAAAGACUGGUCUGCUCAUCUAGAGAUCAAAGAAACCCUCUAGCAUGAAUGAACUUUGGUGUGAUUUGAAUGGUUUGCACUCAAACAUAGAUUUAUAAGGAUGCCAUGGCUGCUGGUGGAUAGUAACUAUUGAGAGCAUGCUAACUUGGAGGAACAGGAUACUGAUUUAUUAAUCUGUGCUGCUUCUUUGUCGAAUCAAUAGGUUCUCACGAGUCACGAGGUUUGUAAUUGAUUUUGCAUCUGAUUAGGAAAUGAAAAUCGAAAGCAAAGCUGCUGUAAUAUACUUGCGUUAUUAUAGAACUGAGACAAAAUUGCUAUUAUAGCUGACAUAAUUCUCAUGUGAGGAUGGGGAAUGUACUGGAUUGAGUAUGAAUACCAGAUUUGUCCGAAUUCUAUGUA